GCAACUAACUACGGAGUACUGUCCACCCACCUAUCCUUUAUUACUUUAUUCUUCUGCCGUCGUUGUGCUUCCUCUGCAUUCUGAGUCUGUACUUCUUUUUUUCUGCCGGAUAAGAAGCUUUUCUACAGGACAAAUAUUUAUGCUCUUGCUUCGUUGUUUGCGCCCGUUCAUUUAUACUUUCAGGAGGUUGUGGUCUAUAUUCCCUCCAAUCCGGCGAGAAUAGCCAAACACGCACCCGGCGCAACCCAGAGAAUAUGGGACACUCGCGACGCCCUCGAGAUCCGGAGAAGAAGAGUCGUGGUUUUGGUCGGUCGAGGCAUGGUGAGGGCGGGGCAGGGGGGAAACCUCAAGUUAAGAAGGCCGUAUUCGAAAGCACAAAGAAGAAGGAGGUUGGAGUGUCAGAUCUUACACUCCUCAGUAAAGUGUCGAAUGAGGCCAUAAAUGAGAACUUGAAAAAGAGAUUUGAACAUGGCGAGAUUUACACAUACAUCGGCCAUGUACUUGUCUCUGUUAACCCGUUUAGAGACUUGGGUAUUUACACCGACAAAGUUCUUGAUUCCUACCGCGGGAAAAACCGACUGGAAGUCCCCCCGCACGUUUUCGCUGUCGCGGAAGCAGGAUAUUAUAACAUGAAAGCAUACAAGGAGAAUCAAUGUGUCAUUAUCUCAGGGGAAUCCGGUGCUGGCAAAACCGAAGCUGCCAAGCGGCUGAUGCAGUAUAUUGCGAACGUAUCGGGCGGCAGCGAUUCUUCCAUACAACAUACCAAGGACAUGGUCCUGGCGACCAAUCCUCUUCUCGAAUCCUUCGGCAAUGCGAAAACGUUGCGGAAUAAUAACUCGUCACGCUUCGGAAAAUAUCUAGAGCUGCAAUUCAACUCCGUUGGUGAGCCUGUCGGCGCGACGAUUACAAACUACCUCCUGGAGAAAUCUAGAGUGGUUGGUCAAAUUACAAAUGAGCGAAACUUCCAUAUAUUUUAUCAGUUUACCAAAGCUGCUCCGCAGACUUAUAGAGAAAACUUCGGCAUCCAACAACCAGAGUCAUAUGUGUAUACAAGUCGCUCUAAAUGUUUUGAUGUCCCUGGUAUAGACGAUGCUGCUGAUUUCAAAGAUACAUUAGACGCCAUGAAAAUUAUUGGUUUAGCGCAGGCCGAGCAGGAUAAUAUCUUCCGCAUUCUUUCAGCCAUUCUGUGGCUUGGAAAUAUGCAAUUUUUCGAAGACGACAAUUCUAACGUUUCAAUAACAGAUCAAUCGGUAGUGGAUUUCGUCGCAUACCUAUUAGAGGUCGAUGCUGCCGCGGUAAACAAAGCACUUACAUUGAGGGUUAUGGAAACAGCCAGAGGUGGGCGCAGGGGGUCUGUGUAUGAAGUUCCUUUGAACGUUGUCCAGGCCACCGCUGUUCGAGACGCACUCGCGAAAGCCCUUUAUUUCAACAUGUUUGAUUGGAUCGUUCAGCGAGUUAAUGCCUCACUCGCAGCAAGGGAAGCCGUAGAAAAUUCAAUCGGUAUCCUGGAUAUUUACGGGUUCGAGAUUUUUGAUAAGAACUCAUUUGAGCAGCUCUGUAUCAAUUACGUCAACGAAAAACUGCAGCAAAUCUUCAUCCAGCUUACGCUAAAGACGGAACAAGAAGAAUACGCCCGCGAACAAAUCAAGUGGACUCCCAUUACUUACUUUGAUAACAAAGUUGUUUGCUCCUUGAUUGAAGAUAAGCGCCCCCCCGGGAUUUUCGCGGCAUUAAACGACGCCUGUGCCACUGCACAUGCCGACUCCGGAGCCGCCGACCAGACCUUUGUGGGAAGACUAAAUUUCCUGAGUCAAAAUCCAAACUUCGAGUCCCGGCAAGGUCAAUUUAUUGUCAAGCAUUACGCUGGUGACGUCGGCUACACUGUUGACGGAAUGACAGACAAAAAUAAAGAUCAGCUACUAAAAGAUCUACUUAACCUUGUGGGCUCGAGUAGCAACGACUUCAUCCAUGCGCUCUUCCCCAACCAAGUUAAUCAGGACGACAAGCGUCGACCUCCAACCGCGGGUGACAAGAUCAAGGCAUCUGCAAACGACCUUGUUACGACUUUAAUGAAGGCACAACCGUCAUAUAUCCGAACUAUAAAACCGAACGACAACAAAUCUCCGUCCGAGUACAAUGUUGGCAAUGUGAUGCAUCAAAUUAAAUACCUUGGUCUGCAAGAGAACGUCCGGAUUCGCAGAGCUGGAUUUGCCUACCGUCAAACUUUCGACAAAUUUGUCGAGCGCUUCUACCUUCUGUCGCCAAAGACCUCAUAUGCCGGCGAUUACACCUGGACUGGGGACGCUGAAUCGGGAGCGAGGCAGAUCUUGAAAGACACAAGCAUCCCGGCAGAAGAGUACCAGAUGGGCACCACGAAAGCCUUUAUCAAAACCCCCGAAACCCUUUUCGCUCUUGAACACAUGCGAGAUAGAUACUGGCAUAACAUGGCCAUCCGUAUCCAGCGCGCUUGGCGAAACUACCUCCGGUACCGAACUGAAUGUGCUAUCCGAAUCCAAAGAUUCUGGAGACGGGUCACUGGAGGGCUGGAAUAUAUUAAACUGCGAGACCAGGGGCACAAAAUCCUUGGUGGAAGGAAAGAAAGGCGCCGAUACAGUCUCGUUGGCUCGCGGAGAUUCCUUGGUGAUUAUCUUGGAGUUAGCAACGCUGGAGGCCCGGGAGAAAUGAUCAGGGAUUCGAUUCGCAUUAGCAAAUCCGAAAAUGUUUUAUUCUCCUGCCGCUGUGAGCUCCUUGUCACCAAAUUCGGCCGUUCCAGUAAACCUUCUCCGCGAAUUUUAAUUCUGACAUCGAACAAUGUUUACAUUGUCGUCCAAAGUGUCGUAAAUCAUCAGUUGAACAUUUCAGCGGAACGAACGAUAUCGCUCGGCGCAAUCAAAUUCGUCAGCGCAUCAAGACUGAAAGAUGACUGGUUUGCUCUUGGAGUUGGAUCUCCACAGGAGCCGGACCCUCUUAUCAGCUGUGUAUUCAAGACUGAAUUUUUUACAUACCUUUCCAAUGCACUCCGCGGUCAGCUCAAUCUCAAACUCGCCGACACUAUUGAAUAUAACAAAAAGCCGGGCAAAUUGGCUGUGAUUAAGACAAUGAAAGAUUCGACAGUUGUUCGAGAUGAUCUGUACAAAAGUGGAACAAUCCACACCAGUCAAGGCCAACCACCAGAUUCUGUAUCAAAGCCGACUCCGAGACCGAGGCAGGUUGCUGGCAAGCCCAUCACCAAGGGCAAAUUGCUCCGGCCUGGGGGACCUGGAGGAGGGCCAUCAAAACUGGCCUCACGACCAGCCGCUUCGAAGCCAACACCCGCACCUCAACCUCUGCCGCGAGCUACCCCCCAAGCCGCAGAUACUGGUUACCGACCUGUACCACAGGCUGCCUCGGGGCAAGCUCGAGCACCCCCACCUCCUCCCCCGGCCGCACCGCCGGCAGUCAAAAAACAUACCGCCAAGGUCCUAUAUGAUUUCAACAGCGAGCGCUCUAACGAGCUUUCCGUCCAGAAGGGCGAAAUAGUCCAAAUCAUGGCAAAAGAAGGAAACGGAUGGUGGCUUUGCAUGAACACGACAACCUCUGCCCAAGGCUGGGCGCCCGAAGCCUAUCUAGAAGAACUCGUAGCUCCAAUCCCCCAAGCAGCCGCUCCCCCGCCACCUCCUCCACCCCCAGCCAUUCCCAGAGCUUCCACAGUCUCCAACGCCAACCCCGUAAACCCUGUGGUAACCAACGGCGCCUCCCGCGCCGCAGCGAAAGCCAAACCCACCCCACCCGUUCCCCCAGCCAAACGGCCAAUUGCCGGCCGUAAACCCGCGCCGCCCCCGGCACCGCGAGACAGCGCGGUCAGCAUGAACUCGCACGACUCGUCGGGCGGGAGUGGUCGUGCCACCCCGAAUAGUAUGAAUAGUACUAGUUUUGCGGGUGGCCUUGCGGAGGCGUUGAGGCAGAGGCAGAGCGCGAUGAGGCCGCAGGACGAUGAUGAUUGGUAGGCCAACGACGAGAGGAGGGGUGCUGCCCCUUUUUCUAUAUUUUCCUUUUUUUUUUUUUUAAUUUCCCUUCUUUUUUUAUGAUAGAUAGUAUGCUACCUGUUUCUAUUUUUCGCCGUAUGUAUUUUGCCCUUAUUUUUUGUUUCUUCUUUCCCCUAUUAGUUGCGUUUCUGUUGAUAUCAUUUUUAACCCUCUCUAUUUUGUUUACUCCGUAUUUAUUUACGUUUUCUUCUCCUCAGCCCCUCACCCCGUGUUUUAGUUCUGCUUCAGUUAUCUUCAUUACAUUACCCUGAACACUCCCCGUGGUUCUUCUCCAAGUUCUCCAUGCUAGGGUUUGGCAGCUUGUUUCAUUUUCUCCCGUCUUUUUCGCUAAAGGGAUAUAUAGCGAGUGCUCGAACCAGCUUCCUCGCUUGAGCACUACAGUUAGAUCCAGAUACUUGAAGCUAGAAAAAGAAAUGAUCAUGUUCUCACGUCGAAUUUCUCCGUAACUAUCUGUAUAUUAUUGGGUAAUUGUGCAUGUAGCAUGUAAGAAUGUCUUAUUUUGUUGUUUUUUAUCUUGAGAGGAUAUAUUUGCUUACAGUGCGGAAGGAAUUAUAAUUUCAGGUUUUUUGUAUUCUUUCAUCUUUUACCUAUAUGCAAAACCCCAUAAUUUCCCCGCUCGUGGAAUAUCAAAAGCGGUUCAUUCUUAUAAUAUAUUCAGAGAACAGAACUCCCUUCAAUGGAACAAAGGAAAAAUAAAGUAAGGAAGAUAAAAAAGGGAGACUCUAAUUACUUCUUCACCUCCGCAAACGCCUCCUUCAUCGCAACGAUCGCCUUGUCAAUAUCAUCCCGUCCGGGACCCGUUAC